AUGGAUGAGGACAGAACUGGUAGCAGCAGCAGUAUUAGUAGCAGUAUGGAUAAGGACAGAACUGGUAGCAGCAGCAGUAUUAGUAGCAGUAUGGAUGAGGACAGAACUGGUAGCAGCAGCAGUAUUAGUAGCAGUAUGGAUGAGGACAGAACUGGUAGCAGCAGCAGUAUUAGUAGCAGUAUGGAUGAGGACAGAACUGGUAGCAGCAGCAGUAUUAGUAGCAGUAUGGAUGAGGACAGAACUGGUAGCAGCAGCAUUAUUAGUAGCAGUAUGGAUGAGGACAGAACUGGUAGCAGCAGCAGUAUUAGUAGCAGUAUGGAUGAGGACAGAACUGGUAGCAGCAGCAGUAUUAGUAGCAGUAUGGAUGAGGACAGAACUGGUAGCAGCAGCAGUAAUAGUAGCAGUAUGGAUAAGGACAGAACUGGUAGCAGCAGCAGUAUUAGUAGCAGUAUGGAUGAGGACAGAACUGGUAGCAGCAGCAGUAUUAGUAGCAGUAUGGAUGAGGACAGAACUGGUAGCAGCAGCAGUAUUAGUAGCAGUAUGGAUGAGGACAGAACUGGUAGCAGCAGCAGUAUUAGUAGCAGUAUGGAUGAGGACAGAACUGGUAGCAGCAGCAGUAUUAGUAGCAGUAUGGAUGAGGACAGAACUGGUAGCAGCAGCAGUAUUAGUAGCAGUAUGGAUGAGGACAGAACUGGUAGCAGCAGCAGUAUUAGUAGCAGUAUGGAUGAGGACAGAACUGGUAGCAGCAGCAGUAUUAGUAGCAGUAUGGAUGAGGACAGAACUGGUAGCAGCAGCAGUAUUAGUAGCAGUAUGGAUGAGGACAGAACUGGUAGCAGCAGCAGUAUUAGUAGCAGUAUGGAUGAGGACAGAACUGGUAGCAGCAGCAGUAUUAGUAGCAGUAUGGAUGAGGACAGAACUGGUAGCAGCAGCAGUAUUAGUAGCAGUAUGGAUGAGGACAGAACUGGUAGCAGCAGCAGUAUUAGUAGCAGUAUGGAUGAGGACAGAACUGGUAGCAGCAGCAGUAUUAGUAGCAGUAUGGAUGAGGACAGAACUGGUAGCAGCAGCAGUAUUAGUAGCAGUAUGGAUGAGGACAGAACUGGUAGCAGCAGCAGUAUUAGUAGCAGUAUGGAUGAGGACAGAACUGGUAGCAGCAGCAGUAUUAGUAGCAGUAUGGAUGAGGACAGAACUGGUAGCAGCAGCAGUAAUAGUAGCAGUAUGGAUAAGGACAGAACUGGUAGCAGCAGCAGUAUUAGUAGCAGUAUGGAUGAGGACAGAACUGGUAGCAGCAGCAGUAUUAGUAGCAGUAUGGAUAAGGACAGAACUGGUAGCAGCAGCAGUAUUAGUAGCAGUAUGGAUGAGGACAGAACUGGUAGCAGCAGCAGUAUUAGUAGCAGUAUGGAUGAGGACAGAACUGGUAGCAGCAGCAGUAUUAGUAGCAGUAUGGAUGAGGACAGAACUGGUAGCAGCAGCAUUAUUAGUAGCAGUAUGGAUGAGGACAGAACUGGUAGCAGCAGCAUUAUUAGUAGCAGUAUGGAUGAGGACAGAACUGGUAGCAGCAGCAGUAUUAGUAGCAGUAUGGAUGAGGACAGAACUGGUAGCAGCAGCAGUAUUAGUAGCAGUAUGGAUGAGGACAGAACUGGUAGCAGCAGCAUUAUUAGUAGCAGUAUGGAUGAGGACAGAACUGGUAGCAGCAGCAUUAUUAGUAGCAGUAUGGAUAAGGACAUAACUGGUAGCAGCAGCAGUAUUAGUAGCAGUAUGGAUGAGGACAGAACUGGUAGCAGCAGCAUUAUUAGUAGCAGUAUGGAUGAGGACAGAACUGCCCAACUGGACCUAGGCAAAGCUGUGUAA